AUGGCUCUCAUCAACACAUUGCAUUUGGAUCGCGAGCCCAGCUCUCUUGACCACAGGAAGAUGUUCAUAGAGAGCGAUAUCAGUCCAAAUAACCUGGCACAAACCCCGAAUCACCAUUCGUUGCCAGAGGUUCGAUCCUUCCUGGGCUCCUUCUAUCUCAAUUCCGUCAAGGGCAUGAUGGGAUCCAGGUCCAUGGAGGUUUUCUCAUCAACCAACUCGUCGUAUGUGAGAGAUUGCUGCUCUCUUUUGGAACAAAUACCUGAAGUUCAAAAUGAUCUCCUCUUGGCCCAACUGGUUCGGCUGCAGCUGAUAGUCGAGAAUAUCAAACGUGUGUUUCCACGAGACAGACCUAAGAAGGAUACAACAGCACCCAUGGGAAUCAUCCUGAAGCCGCUGGAGCUUGAGUUGGCUCGUUUCAAGACUGCGAUACCACCAGAGAUCACACUGAGUUCCGUCCUGCUCAUGCAUUUUCAUGCUGCAGAGGUAUACCUGUAUGAAAUUGGAAUAUUAGACACCCUUGAUCCAGCGGAUGGGCUUGACGAUACCCAGCGCGUUGAGGUUUUAUAUCGAUGUGUCAACGCAGGGAGAUCUUACUUUGAUGUCUACCACAGCCUUCCUAUAUCACAUUUUCCAUACUUCCCAUUCAACAUUUGGAUCCAGUCAGGCCUUGUGCUCCUCGCGUCUACCAAGCUGGCCCUUUUUAGACACAGUGCCUGGAACGUCGUGCAUGCCCGGAGCGCUCUGAGGAUAACCGACAUUAUUGACCGUGAAAUCGGGCUCAUUGAAGAGGUGGUCGGACAACGGCCUCACACUGAGAAGCAAGGCGAUGCCAAAGACAUCUUGAACGGAUUUCUCUUACGGGUGCGGAAAUUGAAAAUUGCAUUCGACUUAGGAGUUGCCAGGGACGGGGAUCCUCUAGGACAUGUCGACUUCGCUUUCGACGAGCAGAUGCUGAUGACAACAAGCUACCAGUAUGAUAGCGCAGAUCCAUUUUGGGACGCUUUGGGGCUACUGAGCGGACUUUGA